AUGAAUAAUAUUGUAUCUGGUUUAGAACUGACGAGAGUGGACUACACAAUAAUAGGAAUAACAAAUCCGAACUGCUUGCAACUAAUACCUGCACAACCGAAAGAACCUCAAAGGGUAGCUGUUGCUGACGUCGAUGGAAUUUUGCAGGUAUUUUCUGUGAAAAAGGAGGACAUCCAGAUUCACUUUAAGACUCUACCAGGCCAACCUAUAGUGUCAGUUAAAGUUGCUGGGGCUUCAGGAACUCCUACAGACAAAAUAUUUAUAGCGUCUGGAAAUGAAGUCAGAGGUUAUACUAAAAAAGGAAAACUUUUUCUCACUUUUGAUUCAGGACUAACGGAAUCCAUAAGUACCAUGGGCGCCAAAUAUUUGGUUACCGUUACAAAAAUAUUCUUACUUCUAAAACAAAAAAAAGUCAGUGUUCAGUAUUUCCCCGGAAAUGACCUAUUUCUUUGUGGUAAACAUAUCUAUACCCACUUCAAAGACUGCAAGGAUAGUGGAUCCUACCUUUGUGGUGACAGAAUAGUUGAUGUUAUAGCUUUCCAAAGCAAAAAUAGUCGAAGACUAACAUCUCUAAUAGCAUGUGAAGGAAGAAUGAUCAGAGUUUUGGAACACGCUAGAGUGACUGUAAGCAUGGAAGUUGAGAGUUCUCCCACCAUUCUUCAUAUUUAUCAAUACGAAGAGUCUGAGGCAGUUCUUUUUGGUACCGCUGAUGGUCGUGUUGGCAUCUUAGAUGUAGAAAAUUUGCAGGGUUUCCAACGUUGGCUUGUGACAAAUAUUGAGAACAAUAGUUCUGUAUGUGCCUUAGACAGUUAUGAUCUAAACGGAAGUGAAGCUAAUCAGCUCGUUGUUGGUAGACAAGAUGGAUCUAUAGAAGUAUAUCAAGUGAAUAUUCAAGAACCGCUGGUAGACUCUAAAUUGAUAUAUAAAUAUAACUGUAAUGAAAGUGUAAGUUCACUACAAUGUGGCGUGGUAGCAACGACAGGAUACGAUGAAAUAUUGGUCGUUACCUAUACAGGCAGAGUCUUCGGACUUACUACUCAAACUAUAGAAACAAAUAUUGAUAAUUCCACAGCUGGAUAUAUAUCUUCUGCUGACACGUCUCAGAAAAUAUUUAAACUAAAUUUAACGUCAUCUUCCACACCAGAAGCUAAGUUGGAUUUUCAAGAACCAAUUCCUGUUAUGUCAAGUUUUAUUACAGCAUAUGAGUUUGUUUUAGACAAAAAUACUUCGACUUACAAUUUAUCAAUUGAAGUACCAACUGCUAUAGACAAUAUCCUUCUACAAUGCAACACAGAAAUCGAUUUGUUGGAUGUAGAAAAAAAUUCAGCUGUCGUCAGUUACUGCAAGUCAGAAAUGCAGGACGACAACUUUCUAUUGGCAACAUAUCGAUGUCAGAUCAAUACAAACCGCCUAGAUUUAAAAAUACGUACUGUAGAAGGUAAGAAAGGCUUGCUACAAGCUUACGUGACUCCGCUUGUCCAACCAAAAUGUAGCAGGGUGAUCAAAUAUGAGAUCAAAGCCUUAUCAUUGCACUACAGACUUCAUCAAUUCGAUAUCAACAGGCCGUUUAAUGCUCUCACGAUUAAAGGAUCUUUUAGUUUGGGAGAAAUACAUUCUUGGUUGAGCCAGUGUCUGCCAGAAGUUCCGGAGAAGCCACAAAUAGCUGAAAAGACUGUAUUGUGGUUCAGGUCAAGUUUGUUGGACAGUGUAUUGGAAUGCACUUACCAGAAAGGAGAAGUUGAGUUUAGAUCUGACAACGUCUCUACAAUUUCCACAUUGAAGGAAAACUUGACAUAUGAAGCCACUAAGAAGAAAAUAAAGAUUGACAUCAGCACAUCUAUAAGUGAUGAAACUAUCAAUUUCUUGAUCAAAUCAGCUGAAGAAGAGCUACUCAAACAUCAAAAAUUUGCACGCGACUUAGAAUUGCUCGACGCAAUAAAUGAGUUGGAAGUGACAGAAGAAGAGACGAUUAAAUGCUUGUCGGAGAGGUACAAAGAUCUAUUAAAGAGUGAGAAGGAUAUACGAGCCACUGCGCAGAAUGAUACAGGCUAUCUGGAAAGGUUGUAUGGUAAGAAAACUCUAUAUUAA